ACACACUCUCUCUCCUAAUCCUAAUCUUACCCGUACAACCCAUUCAUCUACCUUGUAAUGACCAUAAGGACACAUUCAUUUCCACAAUUGUCAUCUCAUAACUCUAAUGAGCCGCGCGUAUACUUCACGCACCGUCGUCCUGUAUGCUAUGGGGUCCCCUUGGAUAUUUUGGUAAAGGGAAAUAGAAAUAAACGAACCACCUGAUCGAAAAGACAUUCCUGUAUAGUCCACCUACAGCAGUGGCGCGUGGUAACCAACGCUCUACCUGAAACCGUGAGUUAAAUAAGAAUCUAAUAGAUCUUGCAACACUCACUCUCUCAAGUAUAAGACCCUCAAAUCCCGGAAAAUAAUUAAAUUAAAUUUUAGUUUUUUUUUUUAAAAAAAUAAAAUGAAAGAAAAUGCAAAAAUUGAGAAAUCUCUCUCCUUCUCUUUCUCUCUCUAUCUAUAUUCAGUUCCCAUAAAAAUCAUAAGAAAAGCAUCAGCAAACAGUACUCAUAAUAAAAGCUGAAAAGGAAGAAAAAAAACAAGAUCCACCUCGAACCUCUCUUCACAACCUCCAUACCCUCCAACAAUCCUCUUCCCUAAUUCCACCAUCGCCACCACCACCACCACCGCCACCAUUAAUUCUCUCAUCCCCCUCCUUCCACCAAAUUCUAGGGAGAGAAAAUUGUAAGUACUACCGGAUGAUUUCCAUAUUCAACCCAACAAAGUACGAAAGAACAAAAAACAUUUUGUUGUUUUUCUUCUUAUCUUUGCCUUUUUGAUUUUCUUUUCUCUUCUCUUCUCUAUAGUUGUCCCAUAAGACAAACUGUAUUGAUAAUCCUAUAAGAGAGAGAGGAGAGAGAAGGGAAUUGGGUGAGUGAGCAGGGUUGAGAUUUGACAUACAAUGAGAGAAGACGACUCCAAUUGGUUCAACAGAUGGGCAGAGGAGCUCCCUUCCCCAGAGGAACUCAUGCCUUUAUCUCAAACCCUAAUCACCCCUGAUCUCGCUUUGGCCUUUGAUAUCAGAAACUCCAAUACCGCCGCUGCCGUCGUCGCCGCCGCCAACAACGGUGGAAGCCCACCUCGAGCCCAUACCCACCAGGGGCCGCCUCCUCCUCCGUUGUCCAGUAGUCAACUCCAGCCACCCUCUUCGACUCAGCCCAACUCGUCCGAAUUUGGGGACUCCGCCGAUUUGGGCUCUGGGGCAGCAGGAGAGGAGCCGGCGCGUACCCUCAAGCGUCCCCGCCUGGUGUGGACCCCGCAGCUUCAUAAGAGGUUCGUCGACGCCGUGGCCCACCUGGGGAUCAAGAAUGCCGUUCCCAAGACCAUAAUGCAGCUCAUGAGCGUUGACGGGCUGACCCGAGAAAACGUUGCCAGUCAUUUACAAAAGUAUCGCCUCUACCUCAAGCGCAUGCAGGGUUUAUCCGGUAGUGGCGGUGGCGGCGGAGCCGGCGGUGGAGGAUUGGCUGCCUCCCCGGAUCCCGCCACGGACCACCUAUUCGCAAGCUCACCGGUUCCCGCCCACUUCUUGCAUCCUAGCCGAUCCAAUUCGGAUCAUUUCUUGCCAUUCGUACCCGUGCUUCAUCACCAGCAGCACAUGGCAGUGGCUGCCGCUGCUGCCGCGGUCCACCCGCAGCUGCAGACGCAGUAUCACCGCCAAGUUGGGCAUUUCGGUUCUCCACCGACGAAUGGAGGUGGGCAAUUUGAGCAUCCCUUCCUUGCUAGACAGUCCCAGCAGCCAGUUCAUAGGAUGGGGCAGCCGGUGCAUAACCCUGUGCCGGGCUAUGUAGAGGACUUGGAGUCAGCCAAUGCAACAGGAGGGAGGAAGGUUCUUACACUUUUCCCAACUGGGGAUGAUUGAAAUGAAAAGCUGGGAAUUUGGAGAUGAUGUCACUCAAGCGGCAAUGAUGCUUCCAAAAACUCUUCUGUGGCGGCUAUGGUGAAUGGUGAUAACUGAGAAGAGAAUAUAGUCGUGAUAAUUGGUCAACUGGGUCCAUCUGGAAAUUUCAUUAUCAUCCUCAUGUUAUGUUAUUAUGGGAAUUGGAUGGUUCUUCUUUCAUAUUCAGAGUCUUCUGUGUUGGGAAAGGUCUUUCAAAUUGGUGCUAAUGAUAGGAGUGGCUGAAACCUGAAGCAAAACAAAACACAAUGACUAAUUUUGAGCUUGCAGAUGAGGAUAAAUAAAGCUGGCAAGUCUUUUCCUUCUUCCUUUUAUUGUUGUCUUGACAACAAAACAAGGGUACUUAUGAAAACCCUAUAUGGCACUCUUGUAACUGUGUUUCUUGGUAUAUAUAAUCCAGGAGUAUGUUCUGUUUUCAUAAGUUGUGCCUUGUGUUUUGUUCUUAGUUUAGAACUAUGUAGAGAUGAGUUGUACUUGUUGUACAUUGUGUGACUCUUUUUAAUAGACAUAAACCCCGCGAUAGAUGGGAUGUGUUAAAA